AACGCUCUCAAAGUUACGCUCAAAGGUACCUGCAUCAGCCCUUACAAGAAACUUUGGCAAUCGCAGUCGCCGACUCUAACGCAUUUUACUGUAGACCCAAAUAUCCGCCAAGAUGACCGACGCGAGGCCUCUUCCCUUCCACUACCAGUUCGCUGCUGGCGCGGUUGCUGGUGUUUCUGAGAUUCUGGUUAUGUACCCGCUUGACGUGGUCAAGACCCGAGUGCAGCUUCAGACCGGUGUUGGAACAGGCGCAGACUCCUACAAUGGCAUGCUGGAUUGCUUCAGAAAGAUUGUCAAGCACGAGGGUGCCUCGAGGCUCUACAGAGGCAUCACUGCUCCCAUUCUGAUGGAAGCCCCCAAGCGUGCAACCAAGUUCGCCGCCAACGACUCAUGGGGAAAGUUCUACCGGGAUCUCUUCGGUGUGCAGAAGAUGACCCAGGGCUUGUCUGUGUUGACUGGCGCCUCUGCUGGUGCCACCGAGGCAUUCGUUGUUGUGCCCUUCGAGCUGGUCAAGAUUCGUCUACAGAACAAGGCCUCUGCUCACCUCUACAGCGGUCCUUUGGACGUCGUGAAGAAGACAAUCGCCAAUGAAGGUAUUUUGGCGCUAUACAACGGUUUGGAGAGCACCUUGUGGAGACACAUUCUCUGGAACGCCGGUUACUUCGGAUGUAUCUUCCAGGUCCGCUCAUUGCUUCCUGCCGCCGAAACCAAGAAGGCCCAGAUCACAAACGACAUUAUUGCCGGUAGCAUUGGUGGCACUGUCGGUACCAUCGUGAACACCCCUAUGGAUGUCGUCAAGUCCCGAAUUCAGAACAGCCCCAAGGUCGCUGGCGCUGUGCCCAAGUACAACUGGGCAUGGCCAGCCGUCGGAACUGUGAUGAAGGAGGAAGGUUUCGCUGCGCUGUACAAGGGUUUCUUGCCAAAGGUCUUGAGACUUGGACCCGGUGGUGGUAUUCUUCUCGUCGUUUACACUGGUGUCAUGGAUUUCUUCCGUAAGGUUCACUACGGCACAGCUUAAGCUAAGAUUCUAGAACUCCCUAUACCCUUGCCUAGACGGUUGGUGUUUUUAGAUCUUUCUCGUUCAUAGAAACGAAUCCAUGCACAUAUUUACAAACCUUUUGGCAACCAUUCCUUUCUGAUUUGCAUCAGUGAACUGUGAUUGCAUGAGAAGUUUCA